AUGCGAAAUGUUGUAGCUUCCUAUAGCUUUCCUGGUGCAUCCGGUAUCGAGUAUUCACGACACCGCACUGAAGAGGUUGCAGAAAAUAUCUCUUCGGCAGGAUCGACAUCGCCUACUAGCACGGACCCAGAGAAAUCUAUAUCGACGCAGCGCACUCCAAAUAUUUAUAUCAACGGUCUUCCCCCACAUUAUUCAGAGCAGGACUUGUUCGCGCUUACACAGCCUUUCGGCGAGAUCAAGAGCGUGAGGACAUUUACCAGACACGUUAGUGAAAAGCCAACCGGCUAUGGUUUUGUCCUGUUCAACGACAUCAAAUCUGCUGAGCGAUGCAUAGAGGGUCUUCGAAAGUACCGUAACCUCCACCCAUCUUUUUCCAAGCAAAUACACCGUAUCCCGGGAACUAUAUACGCGCAACAGAGUAUAGCACAACCUGCCGAACACGACCCAAGCUCAUUCAAGGCACGAAUGGAGGGGCUAAAGGACGAAACAUCAACCAAUCUCUACAUUGAAGGUCUUCCCCUAACGAUCAACGAAGAGAGUCUCGCCUCGUUGACGGCCCCGCACAAGAUUAAAAGUAGCCGGUUCUUCAAGACCAAACUGAGCGAUCCUCCUCGCAUAAUUGCUUUCGUCCGUCUGGAAACGCGUGCGGCCGCAGAAGAAACGAUCGAAAAUCUGCACGGCAAAAUGGUCCGAGGCUGGAACGAUCCUGGCUGCCGAGUCUCUGUGCGUUUUGCAGAUAGUCCUGAACAACGGGAGUUGCGACGCGCUGAGCGGAUGUUGAAAAGCGGGGACAACUCACCUUCCCGUUUAACGAUUGCGCAAGCCGCACUGCUCAAUCUUCGGGGCCAAGAACUGCAAACUGAUUCACGCAAAUCUCCUAGACUCUUCCAGUACCAAGACCUCCCUCCAGCUGAGAAACGAAGCCCGAAUUAUUUCCUGCAGUCGCAGCCAACCCUCGAUUAUUUGCCCAUUUCGCAACCGCUUCCUGUUUUGCCCUCACUACCCACUAACUUGGGCUAUAAUCUGUACAACUCACCCGUGUUUCCCGUGAGAGAUUUGCAGGGAAAUGCGGAGAUGGAUAUUCUUCGACAAUCAAUGCAGGGUCUCGGCAUGGAAGAGCCGAUGUUCGAUAAUCCUUUAAAAAGCAGCGCGCUCGGCAUUGAUUACCAAACGGCUCAGACCUCGCUUCGAUCGCUCGCGGGUACCAGGUCGGUAUCGAGCGUUCCACCUGCACGUCACCGCGGGCAGACUCAAGCACACAAUGGCUUCACUCCUGCAGAGGAGGUGAUUCUUCAGGCACAUGCUGGGCGUCUCCGGAUACAAACUCACUCGACGAAUGGUUCACACCUUUCGGAUGCAGACUUACCGCUUAAUGUCCCAGCUACGCAGGAAUUCAUGAACAGUCAACCCUUCCUGAGUGCAAAUCGAUUGCACACCACACCGAACCAGUUCCAGCUUGGGCGACUACGAACAACAAAGUCUUCUCAGGACCUUCUGCCGACCAUAUCGGAGGACGAUACCCACGCAGUCGCAGGAAAUCCGCGGCUUGCGGCACAACCAAACCCCAUGGCCAUGCCGGGCCAGGAAGCACUCCAUAGUUAUCUAUCUGCGAAUGGCAACGAAGCAGACGUCAAACUCAAACAAGCUAGCCGCGCUAUCAGAAUCACCACAUCGAACCAAGACGAGAAAGCUAAGAGCUGGAGGCAUCUCCGGUCAGGCGCAAUGGGUGCGAUUGGCAGCCACCGCAAUCAAUCUCAGCCCCCUACCACGUCUAUACGUCAGCCAGUUACCACCAGACUAUCCUUUUCAGACGACGAUUCAUAUCAUCAAUCGUCUGUUCCCUCGAACAGCUCCACUACCAUAGGUCACUCCAAUGAGAUCAACGCCGAACGUGUUUACCCGCAGGACGGAGGGCGGACUAGGCAGGUUGAGAGUCGCAAUAGGGCGCAUGUUGGUCUCGCCCCAAGGGUGACGACCCACCACGCCAAUGCAACCUUCUCACCUUCCUGCGGGGAACCUGCGAGGAUGAACGAACUGAAGUCACCCACCGUCGUCUCGCCCGCCCUGACCAAUUCCUCGCGUUCUCCGUCUACCCUCAGUCCAUCCACGCCCUUCUCCAGUUCAUUCGGAAGCAUGCACGAUAUGUUUGAUGUGGUGACGAUAGACAACGAGGACGAGAUGGAGAAAGACAUUAAGGUAAAGGUCAGAUCCAAGUAA